ACACCAGAACGAGAAGAUAUCGGUGCAUUUACAAAAGAUUGGUCUUUUAAUAUCAAAGUUUGGAGGGUCAAUUGAAAAUUCUUUGUUAAUUUACAUAAAGCAAAUAAGCUGAUCAAAAUACAUGGUAUAAUGGAUGGUUUUGCGGAUAGUCUCAAUUCGCAAAUGCGGAUGUUGGAUAUCAACAAAAGCCAGCAACACGGAAUAGAUCCUACCGUAAAAGCUUUGCAGAUAGGUAACAACUUCUCAAUAAAAAUGGUUUCCGAUAAUAAUAGCCCAUUAACCACUGGGGAUCACGCGGAUCCGUUGCCCAACGACGUUGAGAGCUUGAAAAAUCUACUUUCCUUGAGAAUAAGAUAUACACGUCCAAAACAAGGUGGAUAUUGGGAGUUUGAAGACGUUCCUAGCGACGUCAGCUUUCUACAAAACUGUAUCAGAUUCAUCGAUAAAAAUUGCGCCACGGUGACCGAAUCAGAUUUGAAUGCUCUUCAACUAUCGGAUGACAAUUAUGAUAAAAUUCUUGCUCCUAUGGAAGUAGAUGCGAAAGAAUUAGAAGCUGAAUUUGGAUUCAGAUUCUACAACCAUUUCUCCCACAAAUUUUUAAGAAAAGAGCUUGUGAAGAUGGUGAAAUCGUCCAGGUAUAACUUUCUUGCCAACCUUUUGACAAUGAAAAGACAACAGGGCGAGCCAGUUCCGAUGUCGUGGAGAAUGUACUCAAAUAGUGAUUACCUCAGGCCAAAAGACUACAUAAGAUUUUUCGAUAAAAUGGACAGGGUCUUCAAAGAAUGGAUACUCGACUACUGCAUUUCCAAUGUGUAUGUGCGAGACUCUUGCAUGGACCCAUUGAACUCGACAUACGAUGUUUUACUUUUAAUUGAGAGGAAUCAGAAUAUAUCCUUCCAGUUGAAGCUUUUGAUUGAUAUUUUGAUUGAAAACUCCGGAGCAAACGAACACUUGACUGACAGCAAUAACUUCUUACCCUACUUGACGUAUGUAGAUCAUCUAGAGCAGGCCAUACAGAACUCGAUGCCUGCAUGCAAGAACCCAUACCGUACGGCGAUGCUAUUGAUGCUUGUGACACGUGGGAUGGCGAAGUUCCCGCAGCUACUCUCCGAGUUUCAAAUUCGGCUCUCUGAGUUUUUGUCAAAAUACCCGGAUUUUACCUUGGGCCAGUUGGUGGAUUACUUGAAACAGAAUAACCUGCCGAAUGUUGGCAAUAUGCAGCAAUUGUUGAUACAAGGAGCGAGCAAAUAGAUGCAGGGUAGUAGCUAGUAAAUGUUUUCAGAUCUAAAUAAUAAUAAGGUACUACUUUUUUAAUCUAAGAAUGAAAUGGAGAGGGAGAGUA